AUGGACAGAGCGAAGCCGGCCGCAUCAGAGGAUGGUAGCGCAGCACCACCAGCCAUCCAAGCCGACGACUCCCCAGAUUUCGCUGAGGGUCCACGAGAGGCUUGCGAGAAGGACGCGGACCAGGCCCCGAGCCAAGAUCCGAGCCCACAAGACAACCCGCAGCCAGAAGACCCCAAUGGAGACGCCACCGACACUGAAGGAAGCAACAUUCUUUACGGGCUGCCCUUCCCAACGAAGCUUUGGAGGAUAGUGGAGGAUGAGGCCUUCACAUCCGUGCGCUGGAGUGACAAGGGAGACACUGUGAUCAUCGAGCACGAUCUUUUCCAGAGACAGAUUCUUGACCUCAGGGGCGCGGAGAAGAUCUUCGAAUUCGACAGCCUGAAGAGUUUCAUCCGCCUGAUAAAUCUCUACGGAUUCUGCAAAAUUCGCCCAAGCAAGCCAUCACUCUGUUACUCAGGAACCAGAAGGUUGAUGAUCUACCGCAACCCUAACUUUCAAAGAAACAAGCCUUCGCUGAUGAAGAACAUUAAGAGAAAAUACAAAUGGAUGACUACCGCCCCUGCGAGCACUCCAAAGAGCAAGAAGAGGCAGGUACCCCCUACCAGAGGGCCCCGGGGACACUCAGCCACGAGAGCCGGGGGCCCCAGUGGGGAGGGCACAUCCAGGAGCGUCCCACUUGCCCCCAGGGUUCCUGCCAGUCCCCGCGACAGAGGGGACCUGGCUACCAGCCAUCUAGAUUUCCCAGUGUGUGACUCGGUGAUGUGUCUGUACCACACCUGCUACUCCCUCCUGACAGCCGCCCUUUUCCACCACAGGCGGACACGCUGA